UCGUAGUAUUGUUCUGCUAGCCCGCUGGAACAAAGACCGCUCUUGUGUUUUGAGACGUUUCAUCAGUAAAUUGCUCCACACAGGAAUCGGACGCCGUCAAGUGUGACAUCCAGGAAGCUAGGAAAUGUCGACAGUCGUACCUGCAGCGACACAAAAGGACAUCUUGUCCUCGUCGUCCUCGGUCUUGUCCCCUAUUUCCUCUCCUGAAAGCAUUACUCGCAAAACAAAACAGCCUUCCAAAGUGAAGACCCGGUUAGACACGCAGCCACACAAUGUUGCGUCACGUGAAGAUGCAGUAAUUAAUUCCGAGGACUACCGUUACAUCAUGUCAACAUCGGCAUCUGACUUAAGUUCCUCUCAAUCGUCAUCCAAGACUAGUCCUGGGAGACCUAAAGCCAAAAAGCAAGCACGGGUAGAUAACUCCAUCAAACCUGGAGACUACAAAUAUAUCAUGGAGACAUCGGCGUCUGACUUAAGUUCUUCCCCAUCGUCAUCCAAGACUAGUCCUCGGAGACCUGAAGCUUCCGCCAAAGAGCCAGCACGGGUAGAUAACUCCAUCAAACCUGGAGACUACAAAUUUAUCAUGGAGACAUCGGCGUCUGACUUAAGUUCUUCCCCAUCGUCAUCCAAGACUAGUCCUCGGAGACCUGAAGCUUCCGCCCAAAAGCCAGCACGGGUAGAUAACUCCAACAAACCUGGAGACUCCAAAUAUAUCAUGAAGACAUCGGCGUCAGACGUGUCGUCAUCUCCAUCAUGCAAGAUUCUUCGUGAAUCUGUCGGAGCAUCUGCUUCGCCCUCUAGGCGCUCUCACAGCAGUCCUCGUGAAUAUGAAAGAGGAUCUGACAAACCAGAUGGCAGUUGCUGCACAUCACCAACGUCAUCUCCAUCGCCAUACCCAAGGUCUCUUACAGGGUCCAGGGAAUCUGUCUUGUCGUCUGAAAUUCUAAGCAGCGUCUCCUCUGAUUCUGAGAAAGUAUUCGACCCCUUCGCGAAGGACCACCUUCAGCCCAGACUUUCCCCGAGGGAGCCAUCUGUGGACGUUCAUUUCCCAGUCGCUGAAACAGUGUCCGAGGUAUCCCUGGCAAACAGGAGCGAUGAAUCAUGGUUUACCGACUCCAGGGAGUCGAACAGUUUCCACCAGGACGCACUACACAUACGUAAGCUGAUGCUGGACCUGGCCUGGGUCUGUGACAGGCAACAGCCCAUGUCGGACUGGGUGUCCUCUGUUAUCGUGUGGGAUGAUGACGUUGCAAGCAACUUGGGUGUGGACUCUCUCCUGAUCAGACUGAAGAACCGGUUUCAGAGCACUUGGUGGCGCCUGACAAGGGGGAGGGAGACUCGGGUCCAGAUCCUCAAGAAAUCCAGCUCAGCAUCCGGAGGCGGCAUCAGCGGUGGAGACGAGGACAAGACACCACAUAAAGAGAAGCUGCAGAAGAGAGUGCAGAGGUUCAUGUCCCGGUUCUUCAUUUGUGGAGGACCAUCACAGGCCUAG